AUGGCUACCAAGAUGCUACUGGGUCGCAGAGGUCCCAGCCUUUCGCGCCUCAGCUCCUCCACACGGCUGCACCCUCUUCUCUCGCGCGCCUCCUCAACAGCCACAGCAUCGGCUUCCUCCCCAUCCGAGUCCACAUUGGGCUCGCUAGCCCACUCCAAAGCGCAAGAUGUGGAUGCAAAGUGGAAGGGAACCUCUGUCUUGGGUGGCACCACAAAGAACUUUGUGCACGGAGAGUUUGUAGAGAGCAAGACGGAUAGAUGGGUCGAAGUUCGGGAUCCUGUAAGUGGUUUGUCUCAACCCAAAGGAGCGUGUAUGCGCUCUUUCCGUGCUAUGCUGAUGACUCUAAAUGUGCCCCACUGUGCGGCAGGCCACCCAAACGAUUCUCUCUCGCGUGCCAGACACUCCUGCAUCGGAAUUCCAACAAGCUGUAGACUCUGCCUCGUCGGCUUUUCCGGAUUGGUCGGCCACGUCGGUGCUCUCUCGACAGGGCAUCAUGCUCAAGUACCAAGCCUUGAUUCGAUCUCAUAUGGAUGAUCUCGCAAACAGCAUCGUGUUGGAGCAAGGCAAGACGUUCGAUGAUGCCAAAGGAGAUGUCUUGAGAGGUCUGCAGGUGGUCGAGACGGCUUGCGGUAUCACGUCUACAUUGAUGGAAGAAAGGUUAGAGGUGGCGAAGGAUAUGGAUACGCACGCAAGGCGCGUUCCCCUUGGUGUCACCGCCGCCAUUUGCCCCUUUAACUUCCCAGCCAUGAUUCCGCUCUGGAGCAUCCCCAUGGCUACAGUCACUGGCAACACGCUCGUCCUCAAGCCGUCAGAGAGGGAUCCAGGCGCUUCCAUGAUCCUUGCCGAAUUGGCCACCUUGGCAGGCUUUCCCAAAGGUGUUUUGAACGUGGUCAAUGGCACAGUCGAUGUGGUCAACUCUAUCUGCGAUGCGCCCGAUAUCAAAGCCAUCAGCUUUGUAGGGUCCGACAGAGCAGGAGCUCAUAUUUACAAUCGAGGCACUUCCAACGGCAAGAGGGUCCAAGCGAACCUGGGAGCAAAGAACCAUGCAGUCUUGAUGCCAGACGCGAAUCUGGAACAUGCGCUCAACUCUAUUGGAGGUGCUGCGUUUGGAGCUGCGGGACAGAGGUGUAUGGCUCUGAGCGUCGUCGUCACUGUUGGUGAUGCCAAACGCUUUGUCCCUAUGCUCGUCGAGAGAGCAAAGAGUCUGCGGGUGGGAAGCGGUUUCGAGGACGUGGACCUGUGAGUCUACAGCGCCGGAAAUGAGUGAAUGACGUGCAUGCGCCUGCUCAUCGAUCCGCCUUCCUCACCCCCAGCGGCCCCUUGAUCUCCCCGCAAGCGCGCGAAAGGGUCAUCGAGCUCACCUCCUCCGUCGAGUCUGAAGGCGGACGCAUCCUGUUGGACGGCAGAUCCUACCGCAACUCUGCCUUCCCAGAAGGAAACUUUGUCGGACCCUCCAUCGUGGAAGCUGGACCUGGAAUGAAAGCGUACGAUCAGGAAAUCUUUGGGCCGACGCUAGUCGUGCUCAAUGUCCCAACGCUCGAAGACGCUGUCGAGGUCAUUAACCGAAACAAGUAUGGCAACGGGGCGGCCAUCUUUACAAACAAUGGGUGAGCUGGAGAGAGGGAUGGUGUCAUUGCCAGAGAAGAGCUCGAGCUGACAUGCAGUGAGACUCUUCGCAACGCGCUACAGCGCGACGGCUCGCAAGUUUGAAAAGGACAUCAAUGUCGGGCAAGUCGGCAUUAAUGUUCCUGUCCCAGUUCCCCUCCCAAUGUUUGCAUGGAGUGGAAGUGAGUCCGGAUGUGGCGGCAAAUAGACAUUUGCACCAGUGUGCGUUGCGAAAAGACUACUCACAUCGUGCGCUUUCUGCUGUGUUGUACAAUAGACAAGGGCUCGGUCAUGGGUGAGUGUGGCUCGGAUGAGCGCUUUUCCUAUGGCUCGUCUUGCUGACCACCAGCGCCUUCGAUGACGCUGUCAUCACAGGCGAUAUCGGCUUCUAUGGCAAACAAGGUCUCAAUUUCUACACCCAGUUGAAGACCGUCACUUCGUGAGUUGUCCUCUAAGAGGCAUGGUCAUUUCUGCAUCCCUCACUCAACGCCUCGACAUACUUCGUCAUCCUCGCAGUCUUUGGAGGAGCGCAGAUGCUACUAGCGCCACGGCCAGCGUCAACAUGCCGACCAUGUCGUGA